UCGUAGACCGCCACCGCUGUCAAUACUGUCCCGUUCUUCUUUGGGCUCCAAUACCCGUGUGUACUCCUGCACAUAUACUUGCUUGCUUGCUUACUUACUUCGAAUCUGUAACAUCCAGGACUCGAGUCAAGUCGGUGCCAACGGGUGUCAACACACACACAGGAGCAGGAGGUUCGACCACACACAGCAGCAGCAGUUUUUCAAGAAGAAAAAUCAAAAAAUCAUGAGGGAAAUCGUACACUUGCAAGCCGGCCAAUGCGGCAACCAGAUCGGAGCCAAGUUUUGGCAAGUGAUAUCCGAAGAACACGGCAUCGACUACACCGGAUUCUACAAGGGCACGUCCGACCUUCAGCUGGAGCGCAUUAACGUCUACUACAACGAAGGGUCCGCUUCUAACCGUUCGGAAGGGGGCAAGUAUGUGCCCCGAGCCGUUCUGCUCGACCUGGAGCCCGGCACGAUGGAGUCUAUCCGGUCCGGACCUUAUGGCGUGCUGUUCCGUCCGGAUAACUUUGUGUUCGGACAAUCUGGUGCCGGAAACAACUGGGCCAAAGGACAUUACACCGAGGGGGCUGAACUCGUGGACGCCGUGUUGGAUGUGGUGCGAAAGGAGAGUGAAAAUUGCGACUGUUUACAAGGAUUCCAAUUGGCUCAUUCGUUGGGCGGCGGCACCGGAUCCGGCUUGGGCACGUUGCUGAUAUCGAAGAUCCGCGAGGAAUAUCCGGACCGCAUCAUGAACACCUACUCGGUGAUGCCGUCGCCAAAGGUGUCCGACACGGUGGUGGAACCGUACAACGCCACGCUGUCCGUCCAUCAGCUGGUGGAGAACACGGACGAGUCGUACCUGAUCGACAACGAGGCGCUGUACGACAUCUGCUUCCGCACGCUCAAGCUGACCAACCCCACGUACGGCGACCUCAACCACCUGGUGUCGCUGACCAUGUCCGGCGUGACCACUUGUCUCCGGUUCCCCGGUCAGCUGAACGCCGAUCUCCGCAAGCUGGCCGUCAACAUGGUGCCCUUCCCCAGGCUGCACUUCUUCAUGCCCGGCUUCGCACCGCUCACGGCGCGCGGCAGCCAGUCUUACAGGGCCAUGAGCGUGCCGGAGCUCACGCAGCAGAUGUUCGACGCCAAGAACAUGAUGGUGGCGUGCGAUCCCAGACACGGCCGGUAUCUGACCGUCGCGGCUAUUUUCAGGGGUCGCAUGUCCAUGAAAGAAGUGGACGAACAAAUGUUGAACGUGCAGAACAAGAACUCCAGCUAUUUCGUCGACUGGAUACCGAACAACGUUAAGACGGCCGUGUGCGACAUCCCACCGUGCGGUCUCAAGAUGAGUUCCACGUUCAUCGGCAACACGACCGCCAUACAAGAGCUGUUCAAACGCAUUUCCGAACAGUUCUCGGCCAUGUUCAGGCGAAAGGCUUUCUUGCAUUGGUACACCGGCGAGGGAAUGGACGAGAUGGAGUUCACCGAGGCCGAAUCCAACAUGAACGAUUUGAUAUCCGAAUACCAACAAUAUCAGGAAGCGUCCGUGGACGAGGAAUACAUAGAAGAAGAAGAAUCCGAAGAAAGAGCAAUGUGCGAUUAAAUAAUAAAUAAUAGUACAUAGACUGUAAGGUUAACAUUAUAAUCUCUCUCUCUUUGACGUAUUACAAAUUUUUUAUUUUUUUUAAAA